GGCGCGGCGGACGCGCUUCUCUCCCCGGCGCGCGCCCGGGCCUCGAGGCUUUUUUAUUUUUUAUUAUUUUUUUUUCUUCAGCCGAGAGGACGCGGCUGUGAUAACGAAGAUCUAGUGUGGACAGUAAUGACCUCACGUUUCCGGUUGCCUGCUGGCAGAACCUACAAUGUACGAGCAUCGGAGUUGGCCCGAGACAGACAGCACACGGAGGUGGUUUGCAACGUCCUUCUGCUGGAUAACACUGUACAAGCUUUCAAAGUUAAUAAACAUGAUCAAGGGCAAGUUCUGUUGGAUAUAGUCUUCAAGCAUCUUGAUUUGACUGAGCGAGACUAUUUUGGUUUACAGUUGGCUGAUGAUUCCACAGAUAACCCAAGGUGGCUGGAUCCAAACAAACCAAUAAGGAAGCAGCUAAAGAGAGGAUCUCCUUACAGUUUGAACUUUAGAGUCAAAUUUUUUGUAAGUGACCCCAACAAGUUACAAGAAGAAUACACAAGGUACCAGUACUUUUUGCAAAUUAAGCAAGACAUUCUCACUGGAAGACUGUCCUGUCCUUGCAACACUGCUGCCCUUUUAGCUUCAUUUGCUGUUCAGUCUGAACUUGGAGACUACAAUCAGUCAGAGAACUUGCCAGGCUACCUCUCAGAUUAUUAUUUCAUUCCUAAUCAACCUCAAGAUUUUGAAAAGGAAAUUGCAAAAUUACAUCAACAGCAUAUAGGCUUAACUCCUGCAGAAGCAGAAUUUAAUUACCUAAAUACAGCACGUACCUUAGAACUCUAUGGAGUUGAAUUCCACUAUGCAAGGGAUCAAAGUAACAAUGAAAUUACAAUUGGAGUGAUGUCAGGAGGAAUUCUGAUUUAUAAGAACAGGGUACGAAUGAAUACCUUUCCAUGGUUGAAGAUUGUAAAAAUUUCAUUUAAGUGCAAACAGUUUUUUAUUCAACUUAGAAAAGAAUUGCAUGAAUCCAGAGAAACGUUGUUGGGAUUUAACAUGGUGAAUUACCGAGCUUGUAAAAACUUAUGGAAAGCGUGUGUAGAACAUCACACAUUCUUCCGUUUGGACAGACCACUUCCACCUCAGAAGAACUUUUUUGCACAUUAUUUUACACUGGGUUCAAAAUUCCGGUACUGUGGGAGAACUGAAGUCCAGUCAGUUCAAUAUGGCAAAGAAAAGGCAAAUAAAGACAGGGUAUUUGCAAGAUCUCCAAGUAAGCCCUUAGCACGAAAAUUGAUGGAUUGGGAAGUGGUAAGCAGAAACUCAGUAUCUGAUGACAGAUUAGAAACACAGAGCCUUCCCUCACGAUCUCCACCUGGAACUCCUAAUCAUCGAAAUUCUGCAUUCACACAAGAGGGAACUCGAUUGCGACCAUCUUCCGUUGGUCAUUUAGUAGACCAUGUGGUUCAUACUUCCACCAGUGAAAUAUCUGUGAGUCAGAGAUCUCCAUCAUCAACUCAGGCUAAUAGCAUCGUUCUGGAAUCAUCACCAUCACAAGAGACCCCUGAAGAUGGACAGCCUCCAGCUUUACCACCUAAACAAUCUAAAAAAAAUAGUUGGAACCAAAUUUAUUAUUCACAUUCUCAACAAGAUCUGGAGAACCAUAUUAAUGAAACAUUUGAUGUUCCAUCUUCCCCUGAAAAGUCUACUCCUAAUGGUGGUAUUCCACAUGAUAAUCUUGUUCUGAUUAAAAUGAAACCUGAUGAAAAUGGGAGGUUUGGAUUCAAUGUAAAGGGAGGAUACGAUCAGAAGAUGCCUGUGAUCGUGUCCCGAGUAGCACCAGGAACACCUGCUGACCUCUGUGUCCCUCGAUUGAAUGAAGGGGAUCAAGUUGUACUGAUCAAUGGUCAGGACAUCGCAGAACACACUCAUGAUCAGGUGGUGCUGUUUAUUAAAGCUAGCUGUGAGAGACAUUCUGGGGAACUCGUGCUUCUUGUGAGACCUAAUGCUGUAUAUGAUGUAGUGGAAGAAAAGCUGGAAAACGAGCCGGACUUCCAGUACAUUCCUGAGAAAGCCCCACUGGAUGGUGGCCAUCAGGAUGACCAUUCCCUCCGUGAGUCAAUGAUUCAGCUAGCUGAGGGGCUUCUCACUGGAACAGUCCUGACACAGUUUGAUCAACUAUAUCGGAAAAAACCUGGAAUGACAAUGACUUGUGCCAAAUUACCUCAGAACAUUUCCAAAAAUAGAUACAGAGAUAUUUCGCCUUAUGAUGCUACACGGGUUAUUUUAAAAGGUAGUGAAGACUACAUCAAUGCAAACUAUAUAAAUAUGGAAAUUCCUUCUUCAAGCAUUAUCAAUCAAUACAUUGCUUGCCAAGGGCCUCUUCCACACACUUGUACAGAUUUUUGGCAGAUGACUUGGGAACAAGGCUCCUCCAUGGUUGUAAUGUUGACCACACAAGUGGAACGUGGCAGAGUUAAAUGUCACCAGUAUUGGCCAGAACCCACAGGAAGUUUAUCCUAUGGAUGCUACCAAGUCACCUGCCACUCAGAAGAAGGGAACACUGCCUACAUCUUCAGGAAGAUGACAUUAUUUAACCAAGAGAAAAAUGAGAGUCGUCAAGUCACUCAGAUCCAGUACAUAGCCUGGCCUGACCACGGAGUCCCCGAUGAUUCAAGUGACUUCUUGGAUUUUGUUUGUCAUGUCCGAAAUAAAAGGGCUGGCAAGGAAGAACCUAUUGUUGUUCAUUGCAGUGCUGGAAUUGGAAGAACUGGAGUUCUUAUCACUAUGGAAACAGCCAUGUGUCUCAUUGAAUGCAAUCAGCCAGUUUAUCCAUUAGACAUUGUGAGAACAAUGAGAGAUCAACGAGCCAUGAUGAUCCAAACACCUAGUCAGUACAGAUUUGUGUGUGAAGCUAUUUUGAAAGUUUAUGAAGAAGGCUUUAUUAAACCCUUAACAUCAACAAAUAAAUGAGAAAGCAAAAGAUUUGGAAUAUGUGUUGGAAAACUGCUUUUCAUUAUAUUCACUGUGCCAUAAUACCGCUCACAGGAAAUGGCAUCUAACAAAAGAAAAAAAUGAAGAACUCAAAAAAACUUUUGAAAACUUCAGCACUGUUGCACUUUAUGUUUAAAAAAAAAAGUCACUCUUUCAAAAUCUGUAACUCAUGUGUUUGAAGACUAUUUCAUGCUUUGCUCCGAACAGAAAGUGAAUAACUGAGUAUGUUCAGGGUAAUGUAUGAAAUUCUGUGGUGGUGCCAUGCAGUCCCUUUCUGGUAGAAUUGCCACAAACAAGGCUCUGAAUUCUCAUCAUCUCUGCUACACGUCUGUAUUUUGAAAGCAAAAAGAAGCAAACGUCAGGAGUCAGCUCUGGUCUUUUCCAGCAGUUCAUGUACUUAUACUGAUAACCAGAUUUUAUUUUUUGAAUUUUAGCAAUAUCAUUCUCAAUAUUAGCCAGUACACUGCCUAUGGAUGCAGCACAUCUUUCCCUACACGUCCCCUGUAGAGACCUGCUGUUCAAAAGAAGAAAGGCGGGAUUUGCUGUUCCCAGGAAAUGCUGCACAUUGUCCAUUUACCAGCAUCUUCUAGAAAGUAUAAAUAUGAAUCUACACAUUUUCUUGGAUUUAAUAAUGUAACCUAUAUUUAUCAUAAGGUUGGCUUAUUCCAAAUCAUGUGACUUCACAUACUUGAUGUAAAGGAAUGCAUGCAUUGUGUCUUAACCCCUUAAGUGCCUUGAGACAUCUUUGUAUGUCUAAUGAAAAGGCACUCAUUUGACCCUACUAGGAGGUAUGUGUGUAUAUUGUACAUUCUUACAUUUUUAUGCAUUUUGAGUGAGUUAACAUUUUUAAAAACAGCUUCUUGUAUUGAGAGUUAUGCAGUCAAAGAAGAGUGAGGAAAUUCUUCUUAGUACUUGUAUUUUGCUGUAAGAAGCAAAGAUAAUUUGUGCUACUGAGUGUGUGCUCUGCUGCUAUGGAAUGAUUCAGAAUCUGCACAUUCCGUCACUGAGGGACAGGGAUUACAGCUUAUCAGCUCAGCUUAAAAAGAUGCUUUAUUCAGAUGCCAUAUUUAUUUUACUCCCAACUUCACAAAUGUCUGACCUACAAAGUAGGGUUAAACUUGGUAAUACCCUCAGCUAAAGUUAAGGAACGAUUAGUUCAUUAUGAUUCAUUCCCAUCUAUAAUGAAAUGGUUAAUCUGAAAUUGAUGUCAGUGCUGUCAACAUUCUUUACACUGUUUGGGAUUCUCUUAAGUGAGGAAUGAAAUGGCUGAAUAAUUUAUAAUGUUCAUCCCUCAAUAACUAAAAUUAAGAUUUUCUUGUCAUGUAUACCUGCCAGAUUGUAAGCAUUAUGGGAAAGAGAUUGGACGAUCCAGUGUGAUCAGGACCUGCUGAACAAGGAUCUGAUCCCAUCAACAGUGUGUAUAUUUUCCUCUUUGGGCUUUUUUGUUUUUAAGUUGAGAGAGAACUUUUACAUGGCCCAGUUUAACCUAAGCGAAAAUCUCAUCACCUCGUCAAAGUUGCUUACACAGUCGCUUUACAUGGAUUGUGCUUAAAAUUGAUUGAUUUUUUUAAUGGUUUCUGAAUGGUUCUGUAUAGUCUUGCUAAAGUUUAGAAUGAAAUGGUAGUUCUUUUGGAAUGGUUUUUAGUAUAAGGGGAAAAUGUAUAUUUACAAAUCUUCAGUGUAAUCUAAAUGACAUCAUUUCAUAUGGCCAAAAUCCAUAAGGGAAAAUUUCAGGAAGUUAAGCUCCUAAACAUUAACAGCCACAAUACCAAAUAAAUUAUUAUAUUAAAAUAUUUUGUAUUUUUUAAAGAAAGAUGGAAAUAUAAUUCCAUUGUUUCCUUUUAUCUAUUUCAUAAUCAACUCAAUAUAAGAUAGUAAAUUAAAUGUAGUCUUAUUUGAACAUCCCAUUCUCUUCCAACAGAUAAAUGUAAUUUAGGCUGCUAUAAACUGACACAUUAAAAAGCGAAAAAGCAAAAUUCUGUUGAGGCCUAUAUAUUAAAUAGUAACUGUUUGGGCAGUUUUUCAUCUGAUUAAAUGUCUGUAACUGGAAGGAAAAUAUGACAGCCAUAGGUAAAAAGAUGAUGGUGAUGUAAUUGUAAACAGAUGACCUGACUGGGAAGUUCUUCAGGGCUUUGUUUCCCAUGCUGAAGUUAGCUCAAAUUGUUGGCAACGAGCACUGCUCCCUUAAUGCUUGUCUUUCAAUGAUAAUGUAUUAGAAGUGUAGACAUAUAUUUAAAUGUCUCCAAUGUGGAUUUUUAAUCUCAGAGCCACUUCUUUAUCAGUAUUCUUGUGUAUAGAAAAGAUCCUUUAUUAGAAGUAUUAUUAUUGGGAUCUUAGUUAAAUUUAAGGUAUCCUUCACAACUGCUUAAGCUAAAUAUGCUACAUACAUGUUUCACUAUUUCCCCAACAGGUAAGACUAUCUAUUACAGUUUAGAGGGUUUUCGUUUUGUUUUUUGCCUGCUUACUAAUUUAAAUGCAUUUCAUAUACAAAGUACUUUUCAACUCCAUUCUUACCAAUGUGUUGUUGUGUAAUUGAAUACCAAAAUUGUUAGGCUACUCACCUGAUCCACUAGCUGUCCUUACCCAUCUCCAGCCCUGUGGCCCCACCCCUACCCCAUCCCACUGAGGAAAUCAGUGUUGACUUUAGUGGAAAUUAAUCAAGGAGUUAAUCAAGGAGCUUUAGCCAAUUAAAUGUUUAAGGCAUCCUUCCCUCUGAUUUAGGAGGGGUUCUUUGCGUUUUCAUUCAAGUUGUUAGAGCAUUGGAUUUCUGGCAGCCCUGUGUGGAUAGGAUGAGGGAUAAUUUGGAUUAGACUUUACAUUCACAAGAAAACUUGUUGUGCUUGUUCAACCGGUGCACCCAUUCAAACAGAAGCAGUUGGCAAAAGAACUUCUUUUAUCUGAGCUGCUAGGACAAGGUUGGGGAAGGGAAUUUGAUGAUUUGGAUUAAGAGUGAAAAGAACAUUUAUUGUUAUGUGAAAGCUGACUGCAAAAGUUAAAAGGUGUGUAGAACCACUGAGGAAGCUGCUUGAAGGUUUCAACUAAUACCUAAUAUUUCAGUGCAUUACUUAAGUGUGUAGUCACGAAAGCAGGUGCCCAUAGAGCAAGAGGAUUUGUCAGUCUGGUCUUCUACCAUCUAGGAUUUUUUUCAUUCUCAGUAUGGUAUUCUUUGCAUCAGACUAGACCUUCAGCAAAUUGUAACCUAGUUACUAUUGUUAAGUUUUUGUGAAUUUGAGUCUCUUUCAGCUUGAGAAGCAUACUUCGGCAGUGUUGUCACUUCAUAACUAUGACAACCUUAGGGGACAUCACUUACGUUACAAAUAAGUAGGCUUCGAAAGUGGUCCCAAUUGGGACCCUGAUUCGGUUUCCUAGUUGUGUUUGACCAGUGAACCAUAAUUUUCUGCAGUGUAUUUAGGCUGACACACAUACAGUAUGAAAACAUUCUGGACUGCAAUUAGGAGACUAGGUUUUACAAGCAUUAAAAUAGAGACUAUAUAUCCAAUGUAACCUGAAAUAAUUUCUGUUCAUAAUGUGAACAUGUAACAGAAUUAAAACAUUACUUGUUUUAUAAUAUUAGGAGGGGAGAAGGAAACCUGAAUUUAUAACGAUGUGCUAUUUAAUAUCUGUAUUUUGAGUAGUUAAAGUAUUCUGAUGGUAAAGUUGCCAAAGUGAUUUUGAAUUCACUAAAGAUAUUUAUACCACAAUAAUGUGAGGAAUGUUUACAGGCUCUUUUCUUUUUUCAUAAUUAUUUUGUAGUACAGGUGGAUUUUUGUUGAAUUCACUUAUAGUAAAUACUUUAUGGUGAAUAUGUAUUGAAAUAAACUUCUCAGUAAGAUGAUAAGCUGUAGAUAAGCAAUGACACUGCCUGCUUUUACGUAAGCUACCGCAUCAACAAAGUAUUUUGUCUUGAGAUUGCUUACUGCCCACACUGGCUUCAAUACAGUAUCUAAAUCGUUUUUAGGUAGUGCUUCCUCCAAAUGAAACAGCUGUGUUACUUAAAUCCGACUUGGGUUCUUAUCUGAAUGAUUGAUCUGGUGGCAAAGACUUUGUGAUGUCUUAGUCACAGUUCAGCUGUUGUUGCAGCAGCUGUUUUAUAAAAUUAUCAGAGAAUUGUGUACAUGUAAAGAAAUUUAUAUAAUCCUAAUACACUUUUGAAGGCUAAUUGCUAUGAGAUAAUUUGAACAAUUUUAGCAAAAAAAACCCCACAAAAGAUUAACCCCUGAAUUAUGUGGUUUUGGUCUGCAACUGUUAUGAACACAAUAUUCCAUUAUAUGUAGACUUCUUUUUUCUAAGCAGCAGUUGCUAACUAAUGAGCCUUUCAGUGUUGUCAAAGACAAAAACCGAUGCCUCUUUCUGCCAUGAUUAGACAUUUAUUUGCACAGUCUUGAUUAGUUUGUGCUUGGUAGAUACCCAAAAGUUGUUUCUGUCUCCAUGUAUAAAUUUGUUGCUGUUAUUUCUAUGUAUUUCCACUGCAGUGUACAGUCUGUGUUUUGUACUCAUGAUUGUCUUGACUUUGGUAAUCCAAACUAAAUGGAAAGGUAGAAAUGAUAGCUGCUGAGGGGUGGUCAUCAGUAUGGGCUAGACUUGGUUUGGUAUAUCAAUAAGUGAGCUAAGUCUGUCCUUAUUUCCAAAGUUAAAGAUAUGGAGUAUUGAAAACUAAAGACUACAGUUUUGAGGGAGGAGUUCAAACACUUAACUUCCUGAAACCUUUUUAUAAAGAUUUCACCUACAAUAAGGAAAAUAUUUGAAAGCCUUGUUAAGUUCAUUAAAAUUUUUCUGUUAAAUGCUGUAGAAUUUUUGCUAAGUAUUGUGUAGAUAAUAUAGCAAAUAUUUUUCUAUGGACAAAAAGUUGAAACUGUUAACUUUCAUUCUUUAAAAGGGAUAAAAUGAUACUUGUGUGUCUUUCAUGCUGUAAAGAAAUUGAAUGUAUCUUGCAAAUUAUGACUUGAGUCAAAACGAUAGUUCUUAAAAUCUGGAGAGGAUUGAAGAAAGAAAAGGAAGAUGAUUGUGCUUCCUUUCACAAAAGGUAGUGUUAGGAGACAAGUCAUUUUCAUGGUAAGCAAGAGCGGUCAUUAUCAAAGAUGCAUAUUUCAAAAAGGAGAUGCAUUCUUUGUCAUUUUGAUUUUGUUUUAGCUCUAACUGAAACUUUCCAGAAGCUUUGCACACACUGUUUUUAAGCAUAAAAUAACCGGAUUUUAGCUGCCUGCCAUGUGGAAGGAUGUUUUUGUGUGCAGAUCAAUACACAACUGCAUGUGUUUACUGUGGAGGAAAGUCUCCAGGCUGGGUCACUGUGGUAGCUCCAAGAGAGGACAUGGCUGUAAGGAUGACUUUGUGAAGCCAGAAAAUUGUGCCUACGAUUCACUGCAGUAAUUCUGUGUGGAAGCCCCGACCCCAAUAAAUGGUUUUGCCUUUCUCUCAUCAGUGCCCUGGACAUGUAAGAACUUUGGACCCAUCUCUAACUUGUAACAGUGGAGUUAUUUAUAUGCUUCAGGAUUCAGUAGUUCACCUGGUUGGUGGGGUAGGGGAAACUUAUUGUUAAACAACUUCUGUAGGCAUGAUUAAUUUGUUGGACAGCUUCUUUUGAAAGUUUUAUUUAUUAUUUAUCAUUCACGCUUGAAUUGAAGCAGACUUCCAUUGAUUCCCACUUCCAACCCCCCACCUUUCUACAGAUCACUAAUUUCACUCUUUGGAAAGUAAAGAUCCUGAAAACUGUGAAGUGAUAGCCUCAACUUCACUAAAGAUGUUAAAGGACUAGUGUUGAGUGCCGUCCACCCUAGGAGUAUGCAAAAUUUGGCAAAUUUUAUUUGUACUAACCUUACAUGAAGUGCCAUAUUGCCAAAUAAAAUUAUUUCUGGCAAGCUAUCUGGAGAUAGCCCUGUGCAACUCUGAGAUCCAUCGUUGGUAAUUUGUGAUUUCCCACAUCCACUGCAGUCACGGUUGAGCUCAUUUUACCUUUUAUUUAAAGAAACUUUUUUGUUUGUUUUCUUACAGUUUCUACUCCAAAAUGUAGUGUUCCAGCAUUAGUUGCCUUCCUGGACAAAAAUGUUUCAGCCUAGUUUUGGGAUUCUCUGAUGCACCACCCAUUUUUUCCCAUCCUUCAGUGAGUUGGCAAGAUGUUUUCAUUCUUGUAUUCUGUAGAGUGGGUCAAAUUUCAAUGGUAAAAUUAAUUUCUUGAAUUUCAAAUAGUAGCACUUUAUUUCAUGCUUACUACUGACCUAAUUUAUACAGUUACAAAUAGAACCUAUCUUAGGAGUUUUGUAAAUAUGGGGGGUGGGGAGGGACACAUUAGUACUAGAGAUCAUUAGAUUGGUCCUGGGUUUGAAUGCUUUAUAAUGAUCUCUUGAUAGCUUAUUUGAUAUUUAAGAGAUGACUUCUAUGAUCUUAGCCUUGCCACUUUUAUGUAAUUUAUAUAGUACACAAAGGCUACCCAGUUGGCUGUGCGCCUGGACCCGGAGUUGUCUCAGCUAGUUUUUAAACCGAGCUUGAUUAACACUCAUCAUUUCCACUUUGCAGCUUUUGUACAUCACAUGAAUACUUGGAAACCCAUUUUUCAGUGUAGUACCUGAGGGUUGAAUACAUAUUGCACCACAAGAAAGUAAGGAGGCAGAAGUCCUGAUGCUUUUUGUAUAUAUGUUGAAGGCAGGAUUUUAGAAGCUGAAACAGUUUAUAUUAAGCUGUUUGCCAUUUCUGCCAGUAGAAUCUGUCUGCUUAAAUAAUGAAAACUGUCCAGCCUCAUGUUGUGCAGCAUCAGGACCUUGAUUAGUCAUCAUCUAUGCUGUGGACUUUUCAAAUUAAAAAAGCUAGUCUUUAUUUUCUACAGUGUAGGCUUCAUUUUAGGACUAAUAGUUUAUACUCAUCAAUGAUAUUUUUAAGCAGUAAUUUUAAAAUUAUUUCUAUGUAGAGGAUGUUUUAAUUUGGGAUUUUUUUUUAAAGGUGCUAAAUGUAAAUACAAAGGGGGCAAGUCAAAAGUCUAUUUUGUUUCCUACUUAAAAGAUAAUUUUUCAUUUCUGUCACCAUUCAUUGUUUGAUUCUACUUCACCUAGUGGCAAAAUGGAAUUAACUAGCCCUUUAAUUGUUUUCGGCAAACUCCCGGCCCAUUUCAUGAAACUCUCUUUUCCCAUAUGAUUUCUUCUCAUACAUAAGAGAAAAGCUAAGGAGUCAUUUAAAGUGUGUAAGCUUGAAUUUAGUGAACACUGGAUAGUUUGAAAAUUGUCCUGUGUGUGCGAACACAGCUUGAAAGGCCUUGUGCACAUCUUCAUCUCAGCAAAAACUUAAGACUCCUACCAUUAAUUGGAGUUUAAAGUAGCUACAAAUACUAACGACAGAUGGGUUAAAAAUGCCAAUUGCAUCAAAACUGUUGUAGUCUAAGGAACAGUUUAUAUUAUGUGAAAUGGUGUUACAUGUAUUUUGUUGGCCAUAUUUCAUUUUGAUUGAAACUCGUGUUCAGGUA